AAUUUUGAAUUCAUACCUGUCUACUUGGUCCAAUGUAGGUAGAAGAUGCAGUUAUGUUAACUAGUACAUAAGCGAUUCCUAAUGUAAUAUAAUCCAAUUGAAGUAAAAAUAUCCGUACAUGUUAGGUUCUUAGCAUCUCUUACCUAGUGUCAUAUAAAUGACAACAAUAUUCACUUUCACUUUCCCCAACAUAUUGGUCAAUACCUUUUUGCUGCAGACUACAAAAGACUACUUGCACUAACUAGUAAGCUGUAUAUCUGAAGUACUCCCAUUUUGCUAUCUUGUUGUAAUACAUAUCGAUGUGUCUAUGUAGGCAACAACGUUAAUACAGAUGACUGAAGUAUUGUUAACCUGGUAAUCAUUCACUCUGAAAAGGUAUAAUAUCAUUAUAUUCAAUCUAUCCAUUCAUCUUUAUUAUUAAAUUUCUAAAGCACUUGAUGUGUCAAUCAAGUUUAACCAGCAGCUGAUAGAUGUGUUUAAAUAAUUAUGACUAGGUAGGUGUUGAUAUUUUAUGAAUGACCUUUCCACAUACAUUUGAUUAAGUGUAAGUGAUCUUGUUUUAGGAGUUUGCAGAUUCGGUUUGCAAUCUCUUAUUUCUCGGCGUGUGGGCUAUGAAGCAUGAAAAUACACGCUUGGGCAAGCUCAUCUUCUCUUUGAUAAUUGUUGCAUCUCUGCAUCAUCCUUAUACCCUUGCCUGAAGUACGUAUGAUUAUUCACCACGUUGAACAGAAGUAUGGGCGUCCACGGGAACUACACAAAAUACAUGUAGAAGGACUAAUUGCACUAAGCACGGAAUGUAGGGGGUAAUUAUAUCAUUUCAUUGCCUUUUGAUAUUGAUUUAAGUAAACGGUAAAAACCUAUGGGAACAAUGGCAGGAAAAUAUUGCAAAGCUGCUAUAGGAUUUUUACUAAACAGCUUUUCCAACAGAAGGUUUUUUUGGAUAUGUGUGAUCCUUCUUUCCGCUUGGAAUAUGACUACGAUUUUUCUUCUUAUGAAGAACAGAUCUGAUACAGAUUCGACAAGCAUUGGGGUAACCACGUCGUAUCUUAGUUGGAUAAAUACCUUCCCUGCCGUUAGCUUAUGCUUGUCUAAAAACAGGAUUACAAAAGAGUUUUCGGAAGCAGUGAAACGUCGCGCUGCUAACAACCAGUCUCCUUCGUAUACAUACAUAAGAACAUUGUAUGAUUACCUCUUUAUAAAUCCAAAUAACUUGUAUUUAAAAGAAGAAUACUGCAAGGACCUCAAUUCGACCUGUGGGGUUGAUAUUUUAGAUAUGAGAAAAGAGUUGUUUGCCAGCUCGUGUACAGAGUUUAUGGAACAAAUUUACUUCUCUGAAAAACUUCUACCCAACUGCGAGGAAAUAUUCAAGUUUCACGAACUAGAAAUGGGAUAUUGCUUUCUAGCCAACAACUUGAUUGAUUAUCAAAAUAUCGAAACAAUGCCUUUGGUAUAUUCUUCAUUGGACGAAUACCGGAAUCUAAGAUUAGUUCUUCGAAGUGGCCUAAUAUAUCGAUACGAUUUAUACAUUCACAGCCCUGAAAACCAGCCUUAUUUUAAUGCUUUAUCCUAUACGAUUACAUCGGAUCCAUCAGUACACAGUUUCAAUGUGGAAGGAAUAGACAACCACCACGAUGUUAUUGAUGAACCAGUCUCUCAAAGAAUGUGCAAAUUCGAUACGGAGACCAAUGACAAUAAGGUUCUAUACAGUUUUUCCUCAUGCAUGUCGGAAAUUCGAAGUGAAAUUGAAAUGAAACUCUGCAACUGUACUUUAUUUAACCAGAGUGAACAAAAUCCUCUAAAAUAUUGCGGAGUUGAAGGGAUCGUGUGCUUGGACAAAGAAAAUCUAGCAACUAAAGUAAAGAGCUAUGUUGGUUCUAAUAUGGUAUGCUUACCAUCCUGCAUGGAACAACAGAUAAGCUACGUUGGGUCUCGAGAAAAAAAUUUCAACGAAUACGGUGAUUCAAUCAUGGUCGAAAUCGAAAUAACAUCACCACCAACAGCCAGAUAUUUCAGAGCAGUCACUCAAACAAAAUUGGAUUUAGUAGUUGCCAUUGGAGGUGUAAUUGGCCUUUUCACUGGUGCAUCCUUGUUGAACAUCUUGGAAAUUAUUUCAAUGAUUUUUUCUAAGAUUAGGAUUAUGUUUAAAAAUUAAACGAGUCGCAGUUUCCACAUAGCACAUUCCGUCGAAUCUCUCUCUCUCGUUCCGCCAACGAAUUUACAUCCGGCGGUUAUAUCUCGCCCACUCCACCAGAGUGCACACUGGUCGAGGAAGAUUGUGAGAGAGAGAUCUAAGCGCAUCUAAAA